UCCGCCGCCGCACCCGCCUGCAAGGCCCUGAGGGAGGCGGCGGAGGGCGGAGGCCGAGUGCGCUGAGGGCUCGGCUGACCGUUGGCCCCUCGGCCGGCGCCCUAGCCGACCUCCUCUCGGCGCUCCGCGCCUCCCCGCCUCCCCGGCUCUGGUUCCAACACCCCAGCGCCGAGCCGGGGAGGCGGGGAGGACUCCCCACGUGUGCCGCCCCGGGGCCUCCCGCUCGUCCCGCCCCGAGGGGCGUGAGGAGGGGAGGGGCUGCGGACUUCGGACUCGGGCCCGGAGACUGCCUCCUACCCAGAGCCGGAGCCCGCAACCCGCUCAGGCGGCGACAGAGCCAUGUCGCCACUGCUGGGGCUCCGGCCCGAGCUGCAGGACACCUGCACCUCGCUGGGACUGAUGCUGUCGGUAGUGCUGCUCAUAGGGCUGGCCCGCGUGGUCGCCCGGCAGCAGCUGCACAGGCCGGUGGCCCACGCCUUCGUCCUGGAGUUUCUAGCCACCUUCCAGCUCUGCUGCUGCACCCACGAGCUGCAACUGCUGAGCGAGCAGCACCCCGCGCACCCCACCUGGACGCUGACGCUCGUCUACUUCUUCUCGCUGGUGCAUGGUCUGACUCUGGUGGGCACGUCCAGCAACCCGUGCGGCGUGAUGAUGCAGAUGAUGCUGGGGGGCAUGUCCCCAGAGACGGGCGCGGUCAGGCUAUUGGCUCAGCUGGUUAGUGCCCUGUGCAGCAGGUACUGCACAAGCGCCCUGUGGAACUUGGGUCUGACCCAGUAUCACGUCAGCGAGAGGAGCUUCGCUUGCAAGAAUCCCAUCCAAGUCGACUUGUUCAAAGCGGUCAUCACAGAGGCCGUCUGCUCCUUUCUUUUCCACAGCGCUCUGCUGCACUUUCAGGAGGUCCGAACCAAGCUUCGUAUCCACCUGCUGGCUGCACUCAUCACCUUUUUGGUCUAUGCAGGAGGAAGUCUAACAGGAGCUGUAUUUAAUCCAGCUUUGGCACUUUCGCUACAUUUCAUGUGUUUUGAUGAAGCAUUUCCUCAGUUUUUUAUAGUAUACUGGCUGGCUCCUUCUUUAGGUAUAUUGUUGAUGAUUUUGAUGUUCAGCUUUUUCCUUCCAUGGCUGCAUAACAACCAUACAAUUAAUAAAAAGGAAUAAAUAACUGUUCCAAAGACUCAGACUAACAUACAGGACAGUCCAGCUGGAUGUGAUAAAGAUUUUAUCACCUCAUAUGGAAAACACUGGCUGCACUGGAUUCGUCAGUGUUAACUUCCUUUGAGGAAGCUGCCUUAUAGUUUUCAUCACUGGGACUUAAACAAAAAAUUACUGUGAAAAUGAGGUAUCCUGUACUUCUCAGUUAAGACUUGUUCUUUGAGUGAUGUAUUAAAUGCUGCUAGAAAAGCCUCAUUACAUUAAACAUAAAUCAAUCUUAAAUG